AUGGGUCGAAAACUCCGUGGCGCGGCUCUCCGAGCCCACAAACGAGGCAAAGCUAAUGCCGAAGAAAUGGUGGACCAAACGGCUGAUCGUGUGGAAACGCAACAGGUUACUACCAAGACCAAUGAAGAACUCUUUGUCAUUGACACUACAGGAAGCAAGAACAAUAAGGCAAACAUGCCCAGAAAAGUCAAACAGGAAAUUCAAAAGGAAAAAGUUCAGAAACAGAAAAUGCCCAAAUUGGAGCAAGAACGCGUCAAUGAAUUGGUUGAGAAACAUGAUUCGGCCAAAUUGCAGCAAAUGGUCAAGGAAGGAAAAGCCAAACUCCGAGGAGAUCGCCAUGCUAUCAAGCAAAAACAGCACAAGAAAAAUUUCGAUUUGUGGGCCAAUGAAGACGACAAUACAAAGAAAAGGAUUAAAUCUUCCAACGCUCAAGCCGACAAGGUGCUUCAGUAUGCCGGCAUCAAGACGGGCAUUCACGUGGCCAAAGUCGUAGAGCGAGUCUCCAAAAAGGACAUGACGGCUGUUGCAGUCGAUGUAGCUCACGCGGGACAAUCCUAUCGACCCGAUCCAAAAGCCUAUCAAGCCGUUGUGCAAGAUGCUGUCUCGUUGGAAUUAAGACGUCAAGAAGCCGAAGAAGAACUCAAAGCUCCUCUCACGAAAGGCAUGUCGCCAGAAACACGAGCUCUGUUGCUUGGAGACUCGGAUUCGAGUGAUGAUGAUGAUGAAGAAGACGAAAAUGACAAUACGCAAGACGACAAUACCAAUAGGCUCAUGCCCAAACGACAGAACAAAUUGACACGAGCGGAACGCAACAAACAGAAACGAUUGCGACAAGAAAAAGCCUCGCAAGAAGCGGAACGAAAACGCAAAAAGUUACUCAACAGUGUCGCCGAAAUUCCACGGUUCAAGAAGGAACUAAAAAAACAUGUCAGGGAACAUCAAGACAAGAAGGAAAAGAUCAAGGCGGACAAAGAGGCAGCCAAACCAACUUUGGGCAAAGAUGUCCUGCAACGAAAUUCGCAAAAGGAUCCCAUUCGUGUCCCGACUUUGCCAGUGGCACUGGAAGAAGAACAUAAGGAAGCGUCCUUGCGAACCAUCAAACCCAAGGGAUCCAUGCUCACGGAUCGAAUGGUCAGUUUGGCAGACAGAAACCUCACGGCCAAGAGGAAACGACCCGAAGACAGGAAACGAGGCAGAGGAGGGAAGAAAAGAAAAAUCAAGUACAAAGAAGCCGCCAUGGCCAUGGACUUUUCCAGGAUGGGGUAG